AUGGCGACUGCGAUCGACUAUGAUGCUCUCCUUGCAAGGUUUGAUGACCUGGUUGCUCGUGAAAUCAUAUAUUAUACCCCGCCAACAACAAUACGGCUGAACGACGGGGACUUUCCUUUCGAAUUCUAUAUUAGUCCUUCACUCCGCACAAAGCCGGCGUAUAUCGGAGACAGAUUCCACUCCAGUGAUAGUACAACAUCUGAAGGCUUCGGACCAGGCAGUGAUAUUGCCAACGCCGAUCCAGACUUGCUCAUCGCCAAUAUUAACGAGACUCAUCUCCUCGUAAUCAACAAGUUUUCUGUUUUCCGGCCACAGUUGCUCUUGUUGACAAGCGACUCCUACCGGCGGCAGCAUGAACCGCUCACUGUGGGAGACUUUGCGGCGAUUCACAGCGUCCUGAGAUCUUCAAAAAACCCUCAUCUGGUUAUCUAUAACUGUGGGCCGAUAGCUGGCGCAAGCAGGAACCACAAACAUGUGCAGAUUUUGCCGCGCCCUGCCCAUCUAUUUCCGGACGACCCGAAUUCUGAUCCUGGUGUGACUCCGUUUCACUACGUUCUGCGAUGUCUUCGCGGUCUUGAUUUCGAAAAUCCGGACUGCCCCUCCAAACUCUCCGAAGUCUACCAGGAAUUAUUGGCAGAGGCAAAAGAAAGGCUUGGACAGUCAGCCAGCACCAAUACUGAAGGGUACUUUCCACAUAACGUCGUACUGGUCCGAGAGUGGAUGAUUGUCAUCCCCAGGCGCAGUAACAAUUUUGAGGGCAUCACGGCCAAUGCCGCCGCAAUGAUGGGCUCUGUUUGGUUGAAGAGUGAAGACGAGUUGGAUCGUUGGAAACAGGUCGGGCCGACCAAAGCUCUGGCGGGUUUGGGGUUUUCGAGAGCGCCUGAGAAGAAGGGCUAG